CCGCGAGAGGUUAGAGGUCGCGAGGAACAUCUCCGCGCCGGCAUUCCACAGGAGUUAGCUGCUCUGGUAGCUCCACAGGGCGAGUGGCGGCGCUAAUGCACUAGUGUGCGGCUCCCAGGAGUUACACCCGCUACUUCCACGCCAUCCCACUCCUUUUCCUAGGCUCCCGCGGCCGUCGGAAAAACCCGGAGAGGCGGACCACUUUCGCUUCGCACGCACUUCCCCUCCCCGGCCGGAAGGGAAGGCGGGGCAGACAAGCAUCGCAUGCGCCGUUCGCAGGCGGCCCCUGGAGUGGAGUCGAGUUACUGGUUUCGUCGGCCCGGCAGGAGUGCGCCUGCGCGGUCUCCGGGUUCCCUCCACCUCCGCUUCCCCUCCCCCUGUCCCCCGCGGGGCCUCGGUCCGGCGGGACCAUGUUCACCAGCACCGGUUCCAGUGGGCUUUGUGAGGAAAACAGGCUGAAAUUGCUCGCGUUAAGACUUAGGUUGGUCAGGCUCACAACCAUGGUGCUUUCCGACAAAGCACCUGUGUCCAAGGGUCUUUUACUGGUCCCCAGUGCCCUGUCCCUCCUGCUGGCCCUCCUCCUUCCACACUGCCAGAGGUUCUUUGUGUACGACCUCCAGGCAGUCAAGGACGACUUCCAGAUUUGGAGGUUGAUUUGUGGAAGAAUAAUUUGCCUUGAUUUGAAAGAUACUUUCUGCAGUAGUCUGCUUAUUUAUAAUUUUAGGAUAUUUGAAAGAAGAUAUGGAAGCAGAAAAUUUGCAUCCUUUCUGCUGGGCUCCUGGGUGUUGUCAGCGGCGGGUGACUUUAUCCUCGCUGAAGCUGUGCGGUAUUCCUCUGGUAUCACUGCAGCCAGGAACUUGCCUUCUGGAUUCCUGGCACCUGUGUUUGCUCUGUUUGUACCAUUUUACUGCUCCAUCCCGAGAGUCCAAGUGGCACAUAUUCUGGGCCCGUUGUCCAUCACAAACAAGACACUGAUUUAUAUAUUGGGACUACAGCUUUUCACCUCUGGUUCCUACAUCUGGAUUGUAGCCAUAAGUGGACUUAUUUCCGGGCUCUGCUACAACAGCAAAAUGCUACAAGUUCAUGAGGUGCUCCGCGUCCCCAGCUGGAUGGCACAGUUCUGUUCUUGGACACUGGAGCCCAUCUUCUCAUCUUCAGAACCCACCAGCGAGGCCAGAAUCGGGAUGGGGGCCACGGUAGACAUUCAGAGACAGCAGAGGGUGGAGCUGCUGGACCGGCAGCUCAUGCUGUCGCAGUUUGCACAAGUGAGGCGGCAAAGACAGCAGCAGGGAGGAAUGAUCAACUGGAACCGUCUUUUCCCUCCUCUACGUCAGCGACGAAACGUAAACUAUCAGGAUGGUCGGCAGUCUGAGCAGCAAGCAUCCCCUCCUCUAGAGGUUUCGGAGGAGCAGGUUGCCCGGCUCAUGGAGAUGGGAUUUUCCAGAGGUGACGCUUUGGAAGCCCUGAGAGCUUCAAAUAAUGACCUUAACAUGGCCACCAACUUCCUGCUGCAGCACUGACGGUCCCAGCGGACAGCACAGGGGCUGGCGGGCUGCUGACCCCAGCGGUGCCGUCCCGCUACCGGCUCAGCCCCGGGACCCGGCACUCUCUGGCGAGAUGUCCUCGCUGUCCUCCUGAGCAAAGGGUGGUCCCUGCUGCUCCCUCCCUUAAUUCCAAGAUCAUUACCUUUAAGUAUCCAAAAUAAGUUUGCCAUUAAGGUAGCAUGUAUUUUCUAUCUUUAUUUUUUUAUGGAGUAUUUUCCUUGGUUUGGAGAAUUAAUCUCCCAUUCCUAAUGUGUUUAAAAUGCAUUAAAAUUGCAGAUUUCUGCAAGCAGUUGAAUAGCACUCCGGAUGGGAAAUUACUGCUAUUGUCAUAUUCUUUUUACUAUAAUGCAUCUUCCUACAUUAUAUCUGAUCAUAAGUGCCGGAAAGGGGACUGUUACUCAGAAAGGAACUGUCAAAUUUUCUUUAUGGACUUUUUUCAUUGCUUUUUUUUUUUUUUCCCCCUCAAAUUUGCUUUCAAACCCCAGGUGGUUGUUCAGGGUCCCCACUCCCUAGGGAUGAGCAGUUCAUAUCUGCCGCACGCAGAGUUGGCCAGACCCGGCCAAUGAGGGAGAGACAGGGAACUGAACCCUCUUCCGCCUGUUCCAGCCCGCUCCAGUCUAGGGGGUUUUUCCCAACUACUCCCUGCUUCCAUUAAAAAACAACGAUAAUAAUCAGGUACCGAUUCGAGGUUCUGGAAUACUCCAUGAAACUUAACUGGAGUUAAUUUUGCUUAGAAUAUCCACAGUUAGCCACUGAGGCUAGGAGUAAAAAUGGGACAGAGAAGAGCGGGCUCCGUGGAGCAGUACGGGGCGUCCUAGCUGCAGGGCCAGCCCCUCUGGAGGCAGGUUCCACCUGGCCCUGGGGUAAUCCGAUAGCAGCCUGAGGAAGGGUAGACUGACCCCACCGUGGGGAGGAGGGGGUGGCCAGAGCAGAUGAGGCUGAAAAGAUCUAAAGCAAGAUUUAAGGAAACUUGCAACUCUUGUGUUCUGCAAAGCCAGCAGGAGUGUUGCAAACUGAUGCAAAUUUAGACAUGCGUGGUACUUACAAUAAAGUUUUUAAUGUGUUUUA